AUGAUGGCCACCACCCCUAAGAUCCUUGUUGAGAACUACGUCGUUGAGAUGGACGGUGAUGAGAUGACCAGAGUGAUUUGGAAGAUGAUCAAGGAAAAGUUGAUCUUCCCAUUCUUGGAUUUGAAGAUUGAUUAUUAUGAUCUGGGAAUGGAGCACAGAGAUGCUACUGAUGACCAGGUCACCAUUGACUGCGCCAACGCCAUCUUGAAGCAUAAUGUCGGUAUUAAGUGCGCCACAAUCACCCCAGACGAGAACCGUGUCACCGAGUUCAAUUUGAAGCAGAUGUGGAAGAGUCCAAAUGGAACCAUCAGAAACAUCCUCGGAGGCACCGUCUUCCGUGAGCCAAUCCUCUGCACCAACGUGCCACGUCUGGUCACCGGAUGGUCCAAGUCCAUCGUCAUUGGCAGACAUGCCCACGGCGACCAGUACAAGGCCACCGACAUUGUCGUCAAGGGCGCCGGCAAGCUCGAGAUGACCUUCACCCCCGCCGACGGCUCUGCUCCACAAAAGUUCACCGUCUUUGACUUUAAGGAGGGAGGAGUUGCCAUGGGAAUGUACAACACUGAUGAGUCAAUUGUUGGAUUCGCCAAGUCUUGCUUUGAGUUCGCCUUGGAUAAGAAGUGGCCAAUGUACUUGUCCACAAAGAACACUAUCUUGAAGAAGUAUGAUGGUCGCUUCAAGGACAUCUUCCAGCAGAUCUACGACACUGAGUACAAGCAAAAGUACACCGCCGCCGGAAUCUGGUACGAGCACCGCCUGAUCGACGACAUGGUCGCCUACGCCAUGAAGAGCGAGGGUGGCUUCGUCUGGGCAUGCAAGAACUACGAUGGAGACGUUCAGUCCGACUCUGUUGCCCAGGGGUACGGCUCGCUCGGUCUCAUGACCUCUGUGCUGCUGUGCCCAGACGGAAAGACCGUCGAGGCUGAGGCUGCCCACGGCACCGUCACCCGUCACUACCGCGACCACCAGGCUGGCAAGGAGACUUCGACCAACCCUAUCGCCUCCAUCUUUGCCUGGACCCGUGGACUCCUCCACCGUGCCAAGCUGGACAACAACGACCGUCUGACCAAGUUCUGUCUCGACCUCGAGGCCGCCUGCAUUGAGACCGUCGAGUCUGGCAAGAUGACCAAGGAUCUCGCUCUGUGUAUCAAGGGAACCAUCAGCAAUGUCAAGCGUAGCGAUUACUUGAACACCGUCGAGUACAUUGACGCUGUUGCCGAGCUCCUCAGGAAGAAGCUUAACUUGUAA